AUGUCGAGCUCAGAAACUGUUAAACAGUAUUUUACUCGUGUUACAGAUCUUGUCAAUAAGAUGAGAGUCUAUAGAGAAUAUAUGCCCGAUAGCAAAGUAGUGGAGAAAAUUCUUCGCACCAUGCCGAUGAAGUAUGACCAUGUGGUGACUAUGAUACUAGAGUCACACAAUAUGGAUACCAUGAUGAUUGCAGAGUUGCAAGGAACCAUAGAAAGCCAAAUCAGUAGAAUAUUGGAGAAGUCAGAAAAAUCAACCAAGGAAGCCCUAAAAAGCCAAGUGAAUUUCAACAAUGUUGUAGAAUCAAGUCGUACACAAAGACAAGGUCAUGGUUUCAAUUUUCAAAGUAGAGGCAGAGGAAGUUUCAGAGGUAGAGGUCGUGGCAAUUACAACCAAGGAAUUUACAACAAUUUUACACCACCUAAUCAAGGAAGAGGUGGAACGAAUUUCAGUAAUCGUAUGACUGGUAGAAAGGAGUUAUUUUCUUCAAUAGAUGAUUCAGUUAAACUAUUAUUGAAGUUUGGUAACAGUACAAAGAUCCCUAUUGAAGGAAAAUGGCACAUAACAAUUAGAUUGAAGGUUGGUUCUUUGAGUUAUAUUUCUGAUGUUUUCUAUGCUCUUGAACUUGAUUACAAUUUACUGAGUAUGGGGCAAUUAUCUGAGAAGGGAUAUAAGAUGAUAACUUAUCAUGGAUAUUUCACUGUGUUUGACAAACAACGGAAGUUUGGGUACUUUAAUUUUUCUGGCCUAAACUACCUGUCAAGAAAAGGACUUGUUUCUGGUCUACCAUAG